UUAUUUUCAUUCUUUGCUCUCUCUCGCUUUGCAUGAUUUACUUUCCCCAAUUUUGUGCUAUUACUGCUGUUUCGAACCUACUGCGCGCUCAUUCAUAGUUAUACUAUAUAUUUGCUUGUGUUAAUUUAUUCGAGAUCAUGAAAACCAGUCGCUCCUCGUCGAGAUCUUCAAAUUAUAGCCGCGCUUUUGAUCUUCCUCAGGAUCAUAUUCGUUGUGAUGAUCAUGGUUUUGAGUACAAUGGUGGAGGAGGAGCAAUGCUGCCGGUUUUUCUUAAUGACCUCGGACGAAACGCUGCUGAUCAACGACGUGGUGGUGAUUAUGAUGAUGAUGAUGAUUUAGUACAGGUGACGUUAGAGCUUGAGCAACGGAACGACUCUGUUGUGCUCUGUAGUAUUGCUCCUCAUCCGGCUAAUAUUAUCUGUGAUACUAAUUGCUCUUUAGCUUCGACUUCUUCUGUUGUGGCCACUGGACGCAGCAGCCUUUCUGCGAGUGCUAGAAUUGGGCGCAAAUUUCAGUGGCUGAGAACGCUGUCGUUUUCAUCCACGGAGGUUAAUCAUCUGGAUUUAAGCACGCGAGAUGCCAUGAAAUUGAAGGCUAAGCUUGUUAGGAUGAAAUCCAGUGCUCAACGAGCACUUGGAGGACUACGGUUUAUUAGUAAGACUACAGGUGAUUCAUCGGAGCCUAAUGAGCUGUGGAAAGAAGUGGAGUCCCGAUUUGAUUCUCUUGCCAAGGAUGGACUUGUUUCUAGACAUGACUUUGCUGAGUGCAUUGGGAUGGCCGACUCAAAGGAAUUUGCGCUCGGUGUGUUUGAUGUACUGGAAAGACGACGUCGCCAUCAGAAUCAGAAGAUAGGACAUAUCACUAAAGAUGAGCUUCAUGACUUCUGGUUGCAGAUUACAGACCAGAGUUUUGACGCUCGUCUUCAGAUUUUCUUUGACAUGGCGGACAGCAACGAAGAUGGAAGAGUCACAAGAACUGAAGUGCAGGAGCUAAUUAUGCUUAGUGCAUCAGCAAACAAGUUAUCCAAACUAAAAGAGCAGGCAGAGGAAUAUGCUGCGCUGAUCAUGGAAGAAUUAGACCCUGAGAAUCUUGGGUACAUCGAGUUAUGGCAGUUGGAAGCACUGCUACUUCAAAGGGAAAACUACAUGAACUAUAGCAGACCUCUGAGUACAGCUAGUGUAGGCUGGAGCCAAAACUUAAAUGCUUACAGGGCCGGUGUGGUGUGUAGACUGCGUUUUAAACUCAAAUGCCUGGUAUUAGAGAACUGGCAGAGGAGUUGGAUCUUGUUGCUAUGGCUGUCAGCCAUGGCUGGACUCUUUGUUUGGAAAUUUAUACAGUACAAGGAAAAGGCAGCAUUUCAAGUUAUGGGCUAUUGCUUGACAACGGCCAAAGGGGCAGCUGAAACUCUGAAGCUUAACAUGGCACUCAUUCUUUUACCUAUUUGUAGAAAUAUACUGACAUUUCUCCGGUCUACAAGGGCUAGGCUUUUCAUCCCUUUCAAUGACAAUAUUAAUUUUCACAAGAUAAUUGCUUAUGCUAUAGGGAUUGGAGUACUGAUCCAUGCAGGCAACCACAUGGCUUGUGAUUUUCCUCGUCUCAUCAAAUCAUCGCCUGAUAAAUUUGCCGUCAUAGCCUCAAACUUCGACAACAAAAAGCCCAGCUACAAAUACCUUCUGACCGGGGUUGAAGCAAUUACUGGGAUUUCCAUGGUUGUGUUAUUGAUUGUUGCAUUUACCCUAGCAACCCCACACUUUCGGAAAAAUGUUUUGAAGCUGCCAGUGCCUUUGAAUCGAUUAACUGGAUUUAAUGCAUUCUGGUUCUCCCAUCACCUUACUGCUCUAGUCUACGUACUGCUACUAGUCCAUGGAAACUUCUUGUUCUUGGUCGACAAAUGGUACCAGAAAACAACAUGGAUGUAUAUUUCUAUUCCCUUGUUGCUUUACGUGGCUGAGCGAUGCCUGAGAACAUUUCGAUCAGAAUAUCAUUCUGUUAAGCUAUUGAAGGUUUCAAUUCUACCAGGAGAUGUCUUCAACAUAAUCAUGUCAAAACCAAGCGGAUUUAAGUAUAAGAGUGGGCAGUACAUAUUUCUUCAAUGCCCAUCAAUAUCUCCUUUUGAAUGGCAUCCAUUUUCUAUUACUUCAGCACCAGGAGAUGACUACCUCAGUAUUCACAUUCGGACAGUAGGAGAUUGGACGCAAGAGCUAAAACGGGUAUUUACAGAAGACAACUGCUCGCCAUGUAUCAUUGGCCGAGCAAAGUUUGGACAACAUCAUGUAGAUCAAACAGGUUUGCCCAGAUUGUUCGUGGAUGGACCUUAUGGUGCUCCAGCUCAAGAUUACCAAAACUAUGACAUCUUACUUCUUGUUGGACUUGGAAUUGGAGCAACUCCUUUUAUAAGUAUUCUCCGAGAUCUAGUUAACAAUACAAGAACAUUUGAAGAUCAAACGGAUUCAAAUACUGAUAAUAGCAAGUCAGAAGAUAGCGUAACUAGCUUUGCCUCUUCAAGUAUGACACCAAAUGAAAAAAAGAAAUCACAGAGGACUAGAAGUGCACAUUUCUAUUGGGUUACCCGAGAACCUGGCUCCUUGGAGUGGUUCGAAGGAGUAAUGAAUGAAGUAGCAGAGAUGGACCAUAAGGGCCAUAUAGAGAUGCACAACUAUCUUACUAGUGUUUAUGAAGAGGGCGAUGCAAGAUCGACCCUAAUAACAAUGGUUCAAGCUCUCAACCAUGCCAAACAUGGUAUUGAUAUCCUCUCUGGAACCAGGGUGAGGACACAUUUUGCAAGGCCAAAUUGGAAAGAAGAGUUGACAAAAAUAGCUCUGAAGCAUCCUUUUGCCACAGUAGGUGUGUUUUACUGCGGAAUGCCCAUGCUUGCUAAAGAACUGAAGGAGCUGUCACAUGAGUUAAGUCACAAGACAUCGACGCGAUUUGAGUUUCACAAAGAAUACUUCUAAAGAGGAUGCUCAAGAGAUGAUAUAUGCAAAUGAAUCAGAAGAACACAAAGAAUGCAUAUGCUACACACUACAUGUACUGAGGCAAUUAUUAGAUUAGGAAAUUUAAUGAAGAUUCAGGAAGAUAUUAUGUAUUCUUUGACAAUUGACACUACUAGAAAAAUGAAUAAGCAUGGAGCCUCUGAUUUGUAUGACAA